AUGGAAGUUCCAUUUCAGUCGUUUUCGGAUCAUUAUUACUCGACCGGCGGCAAUUGCGGGCUGUCGGAGCUAUUGGACGACAAAGGCAGCUCGCUAGGGUUUGUGGAGCUGCUCGGGGGCUACGAUGUGGGGCCAUCUGUUUUUGAUGUCUUUGGAGAUGAGCCGUUGAUUCGCCUGCCAGAGGAUCCGAAGAUGGAGGUUCGUGGGCUUGUGGAGGAAGGGUUUAAUGCGCCGGCAACACCUAAUACUUCCUCUAUUUCUUCCGAGUACUCAGGAAAUGAUCACGAGCGGACCAAAGAAGAUGAAGAUGAAGAUGAUGAAGAAGAAGAAGAAGAAGAAAAAGACCAAGGAGAAGAGGAAAAUCGAAAGACUAAGAAGAUGUUGAAAGCGAAGAAAACGAGUCAUAAGAGGCAGAGAGAGCCAAGAUUUGCUUUCAUGACAAAGAGCGAGGUUGAUCAUUUGGAAGAUGGCUAUAGGUGGAGAAAAUACGGCCAAAAGGCUGUCAAAAACAGUCCUUUUCCGAGGAGCUAUUAUAGAUGUACAGAUUCAUCCUGUAAUGUGAAGAAAAGGGUGGAGAGAAAUUCAAACAAUCCAAGCAUUGUCGUGACUACGUACGAAGGCCAACACACCCACCCGAGCCCACAUGUGCCCCGGCCCAUCCCAUCCAUGGGCCCACCACAGCCGUAUUCCGGCCUCUCACCUGAUGACACGGCCCAUUUGCCCGCUUUAGCUCACAAUCAGCAAUAUCUAAUCAACAACUACUCAUCGGCUAUCUUCAACUCGUUCGGCUACAAUUUGCCUGUUUGCUCUAAGCCAAUGCCUUCUGCUUUGCCGACCGUUGACCAUGGGCUUCUUCAAGAUGUCGUGUCCGCUAUUAAGAAGGAAGAGGAGUGAAGAGUGAUAUCUCACUAUAUAUCAAUAUAUAGGUAAAGAGCAAAAGGAAAAUAUUUGUUUUUUGGGUUUGGGUUUGGGUUUGUGUUUGUAUGUCUUUGCUGACUGAUGAUCAUGAGAUUAUUAAUACAAGUUCUUUUGGAAGAAAACUAAAUGUUGAUCUGUCCUAGAUAAUGUUAAUUAGUUAGUUAAUUCCUUAGUCUAGGAAUGCUGAGCGGCUUCUCAUGUGAGAACUGAGAAACCCUAAUAGUGGGAGUUCUAUAAGUUUGUAUUUUUGUUCUCACUAAACUUACAAUAUAGUGUUUUCUUUUCAUCUUUGUUAAGAUUGGUUGUAAUGCCUCACUAAGUAUUCGAAUGAUCAUUACACCUUUCGUCGGAACUUACCCAACAAGGAAUUUCGCUACCUACGACUUUGCAAGUCGAUAAAUUGCCUCCCAAAAUCAGAUUUUUACAAUUUCAAAAUCGGAUUUAAACGGCCAAACCUCAAUUUUGGGAGGCAGUUCGAAUUUCUUUUUAUAGAAGAAGGUGGUUUGUCGGAGACAAAGU